UCAAAAUUAGGGUUCUUCAGAGAAAGGGAAAAGGGGAAUUUGCAAUUUCUGGGUUAGGGUUUGGAAUUAUGUCUAAUUGGGUUGGGGAUACAUCGGAUUAUACGCCGUGGAAAGAAUUAGUUUAUCAAAGUGAUCCUGAUGAUCCUAAUUUCGAGCCUCUAGAGAGUGAGAGUGAUGUGGUCGACAGUGGAAUUGAAAGCGGAGAUGAGGGAGAUGGUGAGGACGCUAGUGCUGGAGGAGACGACUCCGACAGUGAGACUGAAAAAGAUGGAGGAGACAACGAUAGAGAGUGUGACAACAACGACAGAGACUUUGAGAAUGAUGGAAACGAUGGCAGAGAUGAAAUCCGAAGGAAGAGAAAACGACAUGAAGGUGAAGGUGAAGAAGGUCAAAGAGAGAAAAAACCGAGGAGAAAAGAGAACAAAGAUCUGUGUGAAGAAGACAUAAUGGAGAGGUUUGAGUUCGAGAUGGAGGAAGCAAUGGCAAAUUGGUUUGAUGCGUUUCAGAUUCGUCGUGGUGUAAUUCCAGAGAGUGAUAAUGAAGAUGAGGAUCUUGUGGUCACUAGAGAUAGGAAGAUUAGAGGAACACAAUUCUCACAUCUUCAACCUGAAUCUUCAGUCUUAUCGAGUCUACUAAAAGAAGCAGCUACAGAAGACAGGACAGUAAUUAUUACCAUGGUGGAUCGAGAAUGGGCAAAACCUGACUCUAUUCUUGAUCUGUUCCUGGAGAGUUUACGAAUUGGAGAAAGAACCAAACACUUGCUAAACCAUUUGAUCGUUGUGGCUUUAGAUGAUCAAGCUCUUAGAUAUUGUCGUCGUGCCCACCCGCAUUGUUAUCUUCAUAGAGGUUCGAGAAAAAAGUCAGAAUCUUUAAAACCGGAUGGUCUUGUUACCGGUUGGAGCAAGAAGUCUUUGGUUAAAGAAAUUUUAGAACUCGGUUACCACAUAAUGUUCACCGAAGCAGAUGUAAUGUGGCUAAGAAAUCCUCUAAUGCAUUGCCACCCACAAAAUCAUAUCUCAGUGGCUUGCGGGCUCUCAUCGAGUGAUCAUCAACAUGAUCAUUUAACAACAAAAAACACAGGAGGUUUCUUCUAUGCCAAGUCCAAUGAUAUAACCAUAGACAUGUUUAAGAUCUUGAACGUAGAGAGGGUUUUGUAUCCUGAAACUGGAAACCAAUCCUUGUGUGACAUUGUCAAGCGCGAAGAUGUAGUUGACGCCCUUGAUAAGAAAGUAACCUAUUUGGAUGAUGCUAACUUUGGGAGGUUUUGUCAACCAAAUCCACAAGAUCAAAGCAAGAUAACUACAGUUCAUGCAAGUUGUUGUAAUGAUACAAAGAGUAAGAGUGAAAUAGAGAGAUUGGUGUUCUUCGAUCAUGCUCGCAAAGUAUCAGAAGCUACCUACGUCAAAAACAAUUAAUCUAAAUUGUUGGAGGAACAUCAAUCAAUAGCUUCAUAUUGC